AUGGUCAUCGCCAGCACAGUGAAAAGAUCUCCUGCUGCCGAACUCACUGCAUAUUCAACAGCUGAUAGAUGUUCGAAUGACAUUCGAAGAGAAACGAAAGAAGCCCGUUUGCUGAGAAGUAACGAAGACAAAGAAUUGACUCAUGGAGACAUGGAGACCUACAAGCAGCUCAUCAACACAUUCACGCAGACACUCACCGCGAGGUUCAUCGAGCGAGACAACGAGCUAGCAAGGAACAACCGGCCCUGCAAGAAGCCCACCGACCUCAUCCGAUCCAUCAACAGCAUCGUUGACAGCAUCAAGUUACAGAGAAAAGUCUAA